AUGGUAUUCAAAAAUAGCUUGGUCUCUUUGGUAUUGGUAUCGAUUGCUAUUAUUAGUAGUAGUAGUAUAAUAGGAGUACUAUCAAAAAAUCACAAUAAUAAUAAUAAUAAUGGUGCAGUUGUAACAGCAUGUCAAAAUGGUGGAAUUAAAACACAAUUUCAAGAACAAUGUACAUGCCCAUACACAUACUCUGGUAAUAAUUGUGAACAUGUAGAUGAAUCUCUAUCCAAUUGUACACAAGCUUACAAUAUACAAAAUGGUGGUGACGUAUCGCAAUAUUGUUGUUGGUCAAAGAAAAGACAACUCAUUGGAAUGUCAGAUUUAAAGGUAUCAAAUGACAUGAAUCUAUCUCUGUCUGAAAAGAUUCAUUUCUUGAUGGAUUUGUAUGGACCCUGGGAUUCAAAUGAUUUGACAUUCUUUAAUUCCAUUUUAUCGACAAACAAGAAUGGAAUCGUUCAUCCAAAAUAUCAAAACCAAAUAACUAAUACUGGUGGUCCAACCAAUCAACAACCAUUACAUUCUCAACAUCAUCUUUAUCCAUUUGAUUGUUCAUCAUCAGCUGAUCAAAGACUUCCUUUGGCAUUCACCAUUUUUGUUCAUUCUCCAGAUUUGGAUUCACUCGAUUAUUUAUUAAAGGUUUUAUAUUCAACUAAACAUUAUUAUAUUAUUCAUGUUGAUAAAUCAGUAUCAGAUAAAGAUUAUGAAAAGAUUAAAGAUUUUGUUGGUAAUUAUAAUGACAAUUCUGCAACUAAUAAUAUCAAAGUAUUGGAGAAUAGAAUUAAAGGUAAAUGGGGAGAUAUUUCAUUAGUCUAUAUGGAAUUAAUUUCUUAUACAUCAUUGUUUGAUAUGGUCAACGAAAGAAAGAAAUUAGGAGGAGGAGGAGGAGACCAACACCAAUGGUCACAUGUCAUUAAUCUAAGUUUAAAUGAUUUCCCAACAGCACCUCUAUCUCAACUUGAAUUAAUGUUAUGUUCAAACCAAAAUAUGAAUUAUUUAGAAGAGAAACCUUAUCAUCAAUAUUAUAGAUAUAUUCAUGCAUAUAUGAAUUCAAAGACAGUACAUUGGAUUAAUGAUGAAACCGAUGUAUUUGAAAUAUAUGAUUGUGGGGUAGAUGGAUUAGACUCUUUCUUUAAUAGAAAGGAUAUAGGUGAAGGUACACAAUGGCAUAUGUUGACCUACCAACUAUCACAUUUUAUGAUAUCCGAUAUCAUUGGCAUCGAGAGAACACUAUCACUCAAGUUUAGUUUUAUACCCGAUGAAAUCUACUUCCAAUCGAUUAAACAUCUUUCACCCAACCAUAAAUUCACAGCCGACCUACACCGUACAACUCUGUGGACCAAGAACCCACAAGGCAACCCUCAUUCAAGAUAUGCAGUUGAAUUGGAAGAUAUCGAUAACAUACCAAAAGAUAAUUUAUUCAUUAGAAAGGUUUAUUCAAAUCAUGUAAAAGAUGCUUUAGUAAAUUUAAUAUUUUGUAAUAAUAAUAAAAACGAGUCGUCUGAUUGA